GAUCAAUACGACAUCCUUAAUGUUCAUACUAAUACCAUUUUUAAUUGGGUGGAGGAGUUCGAGUUGAGUUUAACGAAAUACAGACUAUGGCUGACAGCACAAGCUCUGAACACUACUGCAGUCGAUGUGAGAUGGCACUCUCAACCUCCUGUAGCCUACAUCGACCUAUCCUGCACAAAGGUGGAGGACAACAAAGUAGUAUACAAGAACAGAGUAGAAGAAAAAGGUCACACUAUUCUUGGCGGGUUACUAGAGGGUGCACUUUAUCACAUUAUCAUCAGAUCGAGAGAUAGCAUAGGAAAUGUGUCUUCAGUAUAUGUUAUCAUAAGCACAGAAUGCUCAGACAAUGUAUUUUAUGCUGGGAGAAAACUCCAGCAAAGUGUGGAUGAAACUACUGGAGAGUCAACAACUUUAGAGGAAACUACAUCGUAUAUGUAUGUUGAAACCACUACAGGUAGUGAAACAACACAAAGAACUAGCUCAAUAUCAGUGCAGAAUUCUGAGACAACCGCAGCUGAAACAACUAUUGUAGAUGAGACUGUUGAAGACGGUCAAUCGUCAACUUCAGAGACUAUAACCCAAUUAGAAACAACUCUAUCUGCAAAUGUUUCUAGUAGUGUCAUAUUUGAAACCAAAUCUAGUCUUAGUACUUUGCAAGAAACACCUGAGUCAGUUACAAGUGAACCUCUAACCUUUGAAGGAACAUCAAAUGCAAUUUCAACUUCAGGAUUGACAAUACCUAGGCUUAGUACUGAAGCAGAAACAACAGACUCAGUAACAAGUGAAUCAUUGACCUCUGAUGUAACAUCAAGUGCUAUUUCUACAUCGGGAUCGACAACUUCUAGUCUUAGUACUCAAGCAGAAACAACUGAGGUUGCAACAAUUGAAUCAUUGACACUUGAAGUAACAUCAAAGGUGAUUCCAACUUCAGGAUUCACAACUCCCAUUGUGAGUACUGUAUCAGAAACAACUGAGUCAGCUACAAGUGAAUUAUUGACUUCUGAAGUAACAUCAAAAGCUAUUUCUACAUCAGAAGCGAUAAUUUCUAGUCUUAGUAACCAAGCAGAAACAACUGAGUCAGCAACAAGCAAAUUGUUGACGUCUGGUGUAACAUCAAGGGCUAUUUCUACAUCAGGAACUAUAACUUCUGGUCUCAGUACUCAAGCAGAAACAACUGAGGUUGCAACAAGUGAAUCAUUGUCUUCUGAAGUAACAUCAAAUGAUAUUUCUAUAUCAGGAACUAUAACUUCUAGUCUUAGUACUCAAGCAGAAACAACUGAGGUUGCAACAAGUGAAUCAUUGACACUUGAAGUAACAUCAAAGGUGAUUCCAACUUCAGGAUUCACAACUCCCAUUGUGAGUACUGUAUCAGAAACAACUGAGUCAGCUACAAGUGAAUUAUUGACUUCUGAAGUAACAUCAAAAGCUAUUUCUACAUCAGAAGCGAUAAUUUCUAGUCUUAGUAACCAAGCAGAAACAACUGAGUCAGCAACAAGCGAAUUGUUGACGUCUGGUGUAACAUCAAGGGCUAUUUCUACAUCAGGAACUAUAACUUCUGGUCUCAGUACUCAAGCAGAAACAACUGAGGUUGCAACAAGUGAAUCAUUGUCUUCUGAAGUAACAUCAAAUGAUAUUUCUAUAUCAGGAACUAUAACUUCUAGUCUUAGUACUCAAGCAGAAACAACUGAGGUUGCAACAAGUGAAUCAUUGACACUUGAAGUAACAUCAAAGGCAAUUCCAACUUCAGGAUUGACAACAUAUAGUCUUAGUACUCAAGCAGAAACAACUGAGGUUGCAACAAGUGAAUAUCUAACACCUGAAGUAACAUCAAAGGCCAUUUCUACAUCAGGAUUGACAACUUCUAGUCUUAGUACUCAAGCAGAAACAACUGAGGUUGCAACAAGUGAAUAUCUGACACCUGAAGUAACAUCAAAGGCAAUUUUUACAUCAGGAUCUACAACUUCUAGUCUUAGUACUCAAGCAGAAACAACUGAGGUUGCAACAAUUGAAUCACUGACCUUUGAUGUAACAUCAAACGCUAUUUCUUCAUCAGGAACUAUAACUUAUGGUCUUGGUACUCAAGCACAUACAACUGAGUCAGCAGCUAAUCUUAGUGUGAGUACAGAAGGGGAAACAAAUGAGUCAUCAACAAGUGAAUCACUUACUUCUGAUGUAACAUCAAAUGCUAUUUCAUCUUUGGGAUCCACUACUCCUAGUGUGAGUACUGCAGGAGGAACAAGUGAGUCAGCAGCAAGUGAAUCUAUUAGUACUGAAGUAACAUUAAAGUCAAUUUCAACUUCUGGAUUCACAACAUUGAGCACUGGAGCAGAAACAACCUGGUUAGCUACAAGUGAAUCAUUGACUUCUGAAGUAACAUCAAAGGCUAUUUCUACAUCAGGAUUGACAACAUCUAGUCUUAGUACUCAAGCAGAGACAACUGAGGUUGCAACAAGUGAAUAUCUGACACCUAAAGUAACAUCAAAGUCAAUUACAACUUCAGGAUUCACAACAUCGAGAUUGAGCACUACAGAUCUGACAACCUCUUAUAUUAGUACUGAAGCAGACACCACUGAAUCAGAAACAAGUGAAUCAUUGACCUUUGAUGUAACAUCAAAGGCUAUUUCUACAUCAGGAUUGACAACAUCUAGUCCUAGUACUCAAGCAGAGACAACUGAGGUUGCAACAAGUGAAUAUCUGACACCUGAAGUAACAUCAAAGGCCAUUUCUACAUCAGGAUCGACAACUUCUAGUCUUAGUACUCAAGCAGAAACAACUGAGAUUGCAACAAGUGAAUCAUUGACCUCUGAUGUAACAUCAAACACUAUUUCUUCAUCAGGAACUAUAACUUCUGGUCUUAGUACUCAAGCAGAAACAACUGAGUCAGCAACAAGUGAAUCACUGACCUCUGAUGUAACAUCAAAUGCUAUUUCUACAUCACGAUCCACUAAUCCUGGUGUGAGUACUGCAGGAGGAACAACUGAGUCAGCAGCAAGUGAAUCUUUUAGUACUGAAGUAACAUCAAAGUCAAUUUCAACUUACGGAUUCACAACAUCGAGCACUGGAACAGAAAUAACUGAGUUAGCUACAAGUGAAUCAUUGACUUUUGAAGUUUCAACUACAGAUCUGACAACCUAUAAUCAUAGUACUGAAGCAGACAUCACUGAAUCAGAAACAAGUGAAUCAUUGACCUCUGAUGUAACAUCAGAGGACAUUUCUACAUCAGGAUCGACAACUUCUAGUCUUAGUACUCAAACAGAAACAACUGAGGUUGCAUCAAGUGAAUCACUGACACUUAAAAUAACAUCAAAGGCAAUUCCAACUUCAGGAUUCACAACUCCCAUUGUGAGUACUGUAGCAGAAACAACUGAGUUAGCAACAAGUGAACCAUUGACCUCUGAUGGAACAUCAAAGGCUAUUUCUACAUCAGGAACUCUAAUUUCUAGUCUUAGUACCCAAGCAGAAACAACUGUGUCAGCAACAAGAGAAUCACUGUCCUCCGAUGUUACAUCAAAUGCUAUUUCAACUUCGGGAUCCACUAAUCCUAGUGUGAGUACUGCAGGAGAAACAACUGAGUCAGCAACAAUUGAAUCACUGACUUCUGAUGUAACAUCAAAUGCUAUUUCUACAUCAGAAACUAUAACUUCUAGUCUUAGUACUCAAGCAGAAACAACUGAGGUUGCAACAAGUGAAUCACUGACCUCUGAUGUAACAUCAAGUGCUAUUUCUACAUCACGAUCCACUAAUCCUAGUGAGAGUACUGCAGGAGGAACAACUGAGUCAGCAGCAAGUGAAUCUUUUAGUACUGUAGUAACAUCAAAGGCUAUUUCUACAUCAGGAUUGACAACAUCUAGUCUUAGUACUCAAGCAGAGAUAACUGAGGUUGCAACAAGUGAAUAUCUGACACCUGAAGUAACAUCAAAGGCCAUAUCUACAUCAGGAUCGACAACUUCUAGUCUUAGUACUCAAGCAGAAACAACUGAGAUUGCAACAAGUGAAUCAUUGACCUCUGAUGUAACAUCAAAUGCUAUUUCUUCAUCAGGAACUAUAACUUCUGGUCUUAGUACUCAAGCAGAAACAACUGAGUCAGAAACAAGUGAAUCACCGGCCUCUGAUGUAACAUCAAAUGCCUUUUCUACAUCACAAUCCACUAAUCCUGGUGUGAGUACAGAAGGAGAAACCACUGAGUCAGCAACAAGUGAAUCUCUUACAUCUGAUGUAACAUCAAAUGCUAUUUCAACUUCGGGAUCCACUACUUCUAGUGUGAGUACUGCAGGACGAACAACCGAGUUAGCUACAAGUGAAUCAUUGACUUCUGAAGUAACAUCAAAGGCUCUUUCUACAUCAGGAUUGACAACAUCUAGCCUUAGUUCUCAAGCAGAGACAACUGAGGUUGCAACAAGUGAAUAUCUGACACCUGAAGUAGCAUCAAAGUCAAUUACAACUUCAGGAUUCACAACAUCGGGAUUGAGCACUGGAGCAGAAACAACUGAGUCAGCUACAAGUAAAUCAUUGACUUUUGAAGUUUCAACUACAGAUCUGACAAACUCUAAUCUUAGUACUGAAGCAGACACCACUAAAUCAGAAACAAGUCAAUUAUUGACCUCUGAUGUAACAUCAAAUGCUAUUUCUUCAUCAGGAACUAUAACUUCUGGUCUUAGUACUCAAGCAGAAACAACUGAGUCAGCAACAAGUGAAUCACUGACCUCUGAUGUAACAUCAAAUGCCUUUUCUACAUCACAAUCCACUAAUCCUGGUGUGAGUACAGAAGGAGAAACAACUGAGUCAGCAACAAGUGAAUCGCUUACAUCUGAUGUAACAUCAAAUGCUAUUUCAACUUCGGGAUCCACUACUUCUAGUGUGAGUACUGCAGGACGAACAACCGAGUUAGCUACAAGUGAAUCAUUGACUUCUGAAGUAACAUCAAAGGCUCUUUCUACAUCAGGAUUGACAACAUCUAGCCUUAGUUCUCAAGCAGAGACAACUGAGGUAGCAUCAAAGUCAAUUACAACUUCAGGAUUCACAACAGCGGGAUUGAGCACUGGAGCAGAAACAACUGAGUCAGCUACAAGUAAAUCAUUGACUUUUGAAGUUUCAACUACAGAUCUGACAAACUCUAAUCUUAGUACUGAAGCAGACACCACUGAAUCAGAAACAAGUGAAUCAUUGACCUCUGAUGUAACAUCAAAGGACAUUUCUACAUCAGGAUCGACAACUUCUAGUCUUAGUACUCAAACGGAAACAACUGAGGUUGCAUCAAGUGAAUCACUGACACUUGAAGUAACAUCAAAGGCAAUUCCAACUUUAGGAUUCACAACUCCCAUUGUGAGUACUGUAGCAGAAACAACUGAGUCAGCUACAAGUGAAUCAGUAACCUCUGAUGGAACAUCAAAGGCUAUUUCUACAUCAGGAAUGAUAAUUUCUAGUCUUAGUACCCAAGCAGAAACAACUUUGUCAGCAACAAGUGAAUCACUGUCCUCCGAUGUAACAUCAAAUGCCUUUUCUACAUCACGAUCCACUAAUCGUGGUGUGAGUACAGAAGGAGAAACAACUGCGUCAGGAACAAGUGAAUCCCUUACAUCUGAUGUAACAUCAAAUGCUAUUUCAACUUCGGGAUCCACUACUCUUAGUGUGAGUACUGCAGGACGAACAACUGAGUCAGCAGCAAGUGAAUCUUUUACUACUGUAGUAACAUCAAAGUCAAUUUCUGGAUUCACAACAUCGAGAUUGAGCACUGGAGCAGAAACAACUGACCCUGCAACAAGUGAAUCAUUGUCUUCUGAAAUAACAUCAAAUGCUAUUUCUACAUCAGGAACUAUAACUUCUGGUCUAAGUACUCAAGCAGAAACAACUGAGUCAGCAACAACUGAAUCACUGACCUCUGAUGUAAUAUCAAAUGCUAUUUCUACAUCACAAUCCAUGAAUCCUCGUGUGAGUACAAAAGGAGAAACAACUGAGUCAGCAACAAGUGAAUCUUUUAGUACUGAAGUAACAUCAAAGUCAAUUUCAACUUCUGGAUUCACAACAUCGAGAUUGAGCACUGGAGCUGAAACAAGUGAGUCAGCUACAAGUAAAUCAUUGACGUUUGAAGUAACGUCAAAGGCUGUUUCAACAUCAGGAUCGACUGCUUCUAGUCUUAGUACUGAAGCAGAAACAACUAAGGUUGCAACAAGUGAAUCAUCGACUUCUGAAGUAACAUCAAAAUUCAUUUCAUCUGCAGAAACCGCAAUUGUGAGUACUGUAGCAGAAACAGCCAAGUCAGUAACAAGUGAAUUAUUGACCUAUGAUGUUACAUCAAAGGAUAUUUCUACAUCAGAACUGACAACACUUAGGCUUAGUUCUGAAGCAGAAACAACUGAGUCACCAACUAGUGAAUUAGUUACUUUUGAAGGAACAUCAAAAGCCAUUUCAACUUCAGGAUUGACAAGUCCAAGUACUGAACCAGAAACAACUGAAUCAGGAACAAGUGAAUCAUUGACUUCUGAAAUAACUUCAAAUGCAAUUUCAACUUCAGGAUUGUCUACCCCUACUCUGAGCUCUGCAGCAGAAACAACUUAUCCAACAACAAGUGAAUCAUUGACUUCUAAAGUAACACCAGAUGCCAUUUCAACUACAGGAUUAUCAACGCCUACUCUGAGCACUGCAGCAGAAACAACCGAUUCAGCAACAAGUGAAUCAUUUACUUUCAAAUUAACAUCAGGGUUUGUUUCGACUUUAGGAUUUACAACCCCUAAUCUUAGCACUAAAGCAGAAACAACUGAGUCAGCAACAAGUGAAUUGUUGACUUCUGAAGGAACAUCAAAUGCCAUUUCAACUUCAGGAUUGGAAACUCCAAGUAUAACUACUGAAGUAGAAAAAACUGAGUUGGCAACAAGUAAAUCAUUGACCUCUGAUAUAACAUCAAAGUAUAUUUCUACACCAGAAUUGACCUCUAUAUUGAGCAAUGGAGCAGAGACAACUGAAUCAGCUACAAUUGAAUCAUUAACUUCUGAGGUAACAUCAAAGGUUGUUUCAACUUCAGGAUUGUCGACCCCUAAUCUUAGUACUGAAGCAAAAACAACUGGGUCAGCAGCAAGUGAAUCAUUGACUUCUGAAGGAACAUCGAAGUCCAUUUCAACUUCAGGAAUGUCAACUCUAAGUCUAAGUACUGAAGCUGAAACAACUGACUCGACAAGUGAAUUGUUGACUUCUGAAGGAACAUCAAAGGCCAUUUCAACUUCAGGAUCAGCAACUGCAAGUGUAAGUACGGAAGCAGAAGCAACUGAGUCAGUUACGAGUGAAUCAUUGACUUCUGAAGUAACAUCUAAGGAAAUUUCAAUUCCAGGAUCUACAACUUCUAUAUUGAGCACUGGAGCAGAAACAACUGAGUCAGCAACAAGUUAUUCAUUAUCUUCUGAAGUAACAUCUAAGGCCAUUUCUCCAGGAUUGACAACCCCUAAUUUCAGUACUGGAGCAGAAACAUCUGAGUCAGCAACAAGUGAAUCACUGAAUUCUGAAGUAACAUCAAAAGCAAUUUAUACUUCAGGUUUGACAACCCCUUAUGUUAGUACUAAUGCAGAAACAACUGAGUUUGCAACCACUGAAUCAUUGAUGUCUGAUAUAACAUCCAGUGACAUAUCUGCAACAGGAUCUACAACUAAUAGCACUGCAGCAGAAACAACUAAUUCAGCAACAAGUGAUUUCUUUACCUCUAGAGUAACCCCUAAUCAAAGUGCUGAAGCAGAAACAACAGAGCCAGUAACAAGUGAAUCAUUGACUUCUGAAGUUACAUCAGAGGCCUUUUCAACUUCAGGAUCCUCAACUCGAAGUAUAAGUACUGAAGCAGAAACAACUGAGCCAGCUGCAAGUGAUUCAUUGACUUUUGAGGUCACUUCAAAGUCUCUUUCGACUUCAGGUUUGACAUCCUCAAUAUUGAGCACUAGAGCAGAAUCCACUGAAUCAGUAACAAUGCAAAGGUCCACAUCCAAUGUCUCUUCAGCUGCUCCUUUGAUAUCAGUUGUUGCAACAAGCAGACUCUCAACACAGGAAGAAUCAACUGAACUGGGAACAACUGAUGGGAUCAGUACAAGUGGGAUUUCAACUGAAAGAUUCACAUCUAAUGUGAUUUCAACUGCUCCUUUGACAUCAGAUGAUACCACCAGUAGGCUCACAACAAUUGAAGAAUCAACUGAAUCGAUAACAACAGAUAGGUUCACUUCUGAUGUCACUUCAUCUGCUCCUUUGACAACAGAUGUUGCAACAAGUCAAUUCACAACUCCUGGAGAAUCAACUGAAUCAGGGUCAACUAUAGGGUUUACAACUGGUGCAACUUCAACUGCAGCUUCUACACCAGUUAUCACUAACAGUGAUAUUGCAACGCAAGGAGAAUCAACUGAGUCAGGGACAACAGAAAGGUUUGCCUCUGAUGUCACUUCAACUGCUCCUUUAACAUCAGAUGUUGCGACUAAUGGAUUCACAACUCCAAAAGAAUCAACUAAAUCAGUGACAACUAAAAUGUUUACUUCAGAUGUCACAUCAGCUGCUCCUUUGACAUCAGAUUUUUCCACCAGUGGGUUUGCAAAUCCGGAGGAAUCAACUGAAUCAGGAAUGACUGAGAGGUUCACAACUGGUACGAUUUCAACUGCAGCUUCUACACCAGUUAUCACUACCAGUAGAAUUACAACACAGGAAGAAUUAACUGAAUCGAUAACAACAGAAAAGUUUAGCUCUGAUGUCACUUCAACUGCUAUUUUGACAUCAGAUGCUACCGCAAGCACACUCUUAACAAUGGAUGAAUCAACUGAAUCCGAAACAACUGAAAGAUUCACAUCUGAUAUUAUUUCCACUGCUCCUUUGACAACAGAUAUUACUUCAAGAGGAUUCACAACUCUUGAACAAUCAACUGAAUCUGGAACGACUGUAGGGUUUUCAAGUGGUGCAAUUUCAACUGCAGCUUCUACACCAGUUAUCACUACUAGUGGAAAUACAACACCUUUAGAAUCAACUGAAUCAACAACUGAGAGAUUCACCCCUGAUGUCACUUCCGCUGCUCCUUUGACUUCAGAUAUUACAACAAGUGGAUAUACAACUCUUGAAGAAUCAACUGAAUCAGGAACAACAGAAAGGUUCACAUCUGAUGUGAAUUCAACUGCACCUUUGACAUCAGAUAUUACUACAAGAGGAUUCACAACUUCUGAAGAAUCAACUGAAUCAGGAACAACUGUGGGGCUUACAACUGUUGUAAAUUCAUCUGCAGCUUCUUCCCCAAUUAUUACUACCACUGACAUUACAAUGCCUGUAGAAUCAACUCAAUCAGGGACAACUGAAAGAUUUACCUCUGAAGUUACUUCAUCUGCUCCUUUGACAUCAGAUAUUUCGACCAGUGGGUUCACAACACAGGACAAAUCAACUGAAUCAAUAACAACAGAAAUGUUCACCUCUCAAGUCACUUCAUCUGCUCCUUUAACAUCAGAUGUUGCGACCAGUCAAUUCACAGCUCCUGGAGAAUCAACUGAAUCAGGAACAACUGAAAGAUUGACCUAUGAUGUAAGUUCAACUGCAGCUCCUGCACCAGUUAUCACUACCAGUGGAAUAACAACAUUUGUAGAAUCAACUGAGUCAGGAACAACUGAAUGGUCAACCUCUGAUGUCACUUCUACAUCAGAUGUUACUACAAAUGGAUUCACAACUUCUGAAGAAUCAACUGAAUCAGGAACAACGGAAAGUUUCACUUCUGAUGUCACUUCAAUUGCUCCUUUGACAUCAGAUAUUAUGUCCAGUGGGUUCACAUCACAGGAAGAAUCAACUAAAUCAAUAACAACAGAAAGGUUCACCUCUGAUGUCACUUCGACUGCUCCUUUGACAUCAGAUAUUACAAAUGGAUUCUCAAGUCCUGAAGAAUCGACUGAGUCAGGAACAACCGAAAGUUUCACCUCUGAUGUCACUUCAACUGCUCCUUUGACAUCAGAUGUUGUGACCAGUGGAUUUACAACUUCUGAAGAAUCAACUGAAUCAGGAACAACUAUAGGGUUUACAAUUGAUGUGACUUCAACUGCAGCUUCUGCACCAGUUAUCAGUACCAGUGGAAUAACAACACCUGUAGAGUCAACUGAAUCAGGGACAACUGAAAGGUUUACUUCUGAUGUCACUUCAACUGCUCCUUUGACAUCUGAUGUUAUGACCAGUGGGUUCACAACACAGGAAGAAUCAACUAAAUCAAUAACAACUGAAAGGUUCACCUCUGAUGUCACUUCAACUGCAGCUUCUACACCAGUUAUCACUACCAGUGGAAUAACAAGACCUGUAGAGUCAACUGAAUCAGGGACAACUGAAAGGUUUACUUCUGAUGUCACUUCAACUUCUCCUUUGACAUCGGAUAUUAUGACCAGUGGAUUCACAACACAGGAAGAAUCAACUAAAUCAAUAACGACAGAAAGGUUCACCUCUGAUGUCGUUUCAACUGCAGCUUCUUCACCAGUUAUCACUACCAGUGGAAUAACAACACCUGUAGAAUCCACUGAAUCAGGGACAACAGAAAUGUUCACCUCUGAAGUAACUUCAUCUGCUCCUUUGACAUCAGAUGUUGUGACCAGCGGGUUAACAACUCCUAGAGAGUCAACUGAAUCAGGAACAACUGAAAGAUUCACCUCUGAUGUCACUUUGACUGCUCCUUUGACAUCAGAUAUUACAAAUGGAUUCUCAAGUCCUGAAGAAUCGACUGAGUCAGGAACAACCGAAAGUUUCACCUCUGAUGUCACUUCAACUGCUCCUUUGACAUCAGAUGUUGUGACCAGUAGAUUCACAACUUCUGAAGAUUCAACUGAAUCAGGAUCAACUAUAGGGUUUACAACUGAUGUGACUUCGACUGCAGCUUCUGCACCAGUUAUCAUUACCAGUGGAAUAACAACACCUGUAGAGUCAACUGAAUCAGGGACAACUGAAAGGUUUACUUCUGAUGUAACUUCAACUGCUCCUGUGACAUCUGAUGUUAUGACCAGUGGGUUCAUAACACAGGAAGAAUCAACUAAAUCAAUAACAACUGAAAGGUUUACUUCUGAUGUCACUUCAACUGCUCCUUUUACAUCAGACGUUGCCACUAGUGGAAUUAUAACACCUGUAGAAUCCACUGAGUCAGGAACUACUGAACGAUUUACCUCUGAUGUCACUUCAACUGCUCCUUUGGCAUCAGACGUUACCACUAGUGGGCUCGUAUCACAGGAAGAAUCAACUGAAUCGAUAACAACAGAAAGGUUCACCUCUGAUGUCGUUUCAACUGCAGCUUCUUCACCAGUUAUCACUACCAGUGGAAUAACAACACCUGUAGAAUCCACUGAAUCAGGGACAACAGAAAUGUUAACCUCUGAAGUAACUUCAUCUGCUCCUUUGACAUCAGUUGUUGUGACCAGCGGGUUAACAACUCCUAGAGAGUCAACUGAAUCAGGAACAACUGAAAGAUUCACCUCUGAUGUCACUUUGACUGCUCCUUUGACAUCAGAUAUUACAAAUGGAUUCUCAAGUCCUGAAGAAUCGACUGAGUCAGGAACAACUGAAAGUUUCACCUCUGAUGUCACUUCAACUGCUUCUUUGACAUCAGAUAUUGUGACCAGUAGAUUCACAACUUCUGAAGAACCAACUGAAUCAGGAACAACUAUAGGGUUUACAACUGAUGUGACUUCAACUGCAGCUUCUGCACCAGUUAUCACUACCAGUGGAAUAACAACACCUGUAGAGUCAACUGAAUCAGUGACAACAGAAAGAUUCACCUCUGAUAUCACUUCAACUGCUCCUUUUACAUCAGACGUUGCCACUAGUGGAAUUAUAACACCUGUAGAAUCCACUGAGUCAGGAACUACUGAACGAUUUACCACUGAUGUCACUUCAACUGUUCCUUUGGCAUCAGACGUUGCCACUAGUGGGCUCGUAUCACAGGAAGAAUCAACUGAAUUGAUAACAACAGAAAUGUUCUCCUCUGAAGUAACUUCAUCUGCUACUUUGACAUCAGAUGUUGUGACCAGCAGGUUCACAACUCCUAGAGAGUCAACUGAAUCAGGAACAACUGAAAGAUUCACCUCUGAUGUCACAUUGACUGUUCCUUUGACAUCAGAUAUUACAAAUGGAUUCUCAAGUCCUGAAGAAUCGACUGGGUCAGGAACAACUGAAAGUUUCACCUCUGAUGUCACUCCAACUGCUCCUUUGACAUCAGAUGUCGUGACCAGUGGAUUCACAACUUCUGAAGAACCAACUGAAUCAGGAACAACUAUAGGGUUUACAACUGAUGUAACUUCAACUGCAGCUUCCGCACCAGUUAUCAGUACCAGUGGAAUAACAACACCUGUAGAGUCAACUGAAUCAGGGCCAACUGAAAGGUUUACUUCUGAUGUCACUUCAACUUCUCCUUUGACAUCGGAUAUUAUGACCAGUGGGUUCACAACACAGGAAGAAUCAACCAAAUCAAUAACAAGAGAUAUAUUCACCUCUGAUGUCACUUCAACUGCUCCUUUUACAUCAGAUGUUAUGACCAGUGGGUCCACAACACAGGAAGUAUCCACUGAAUCAAUAACGACAGAAAGGUUCACCUCUAAUGUCGUUUCAACUGCAGCUUCUUCACCAGUUAUCACUACCAGUGGAAUAACAACACCUGUAGAAUCCACUGAAUCAGGGACAACAGAAAUGUUCACCUCUGAAGUAACAUCAUCUGCUCCUUUGACAUCAGAUGUUGUGACCAGCGGGUUAACAACUCCUAGAGAGUCAACUGAAUCAGGAACAACUGAAAGAUUCACCUCUGAUGUCACUUUGACUGCUCCUUUGACAUCAGAUAUUACAAAUGGAUUCUCAAGUCCUGAAGAAUCGACUGAGUCAGGAACAACCGAAAGUUUCACCUCUGAUGUCACUUCAACUGCUCCUUUGACAUCAGAUGUUGUGACCAGUAGAUUCACAACUUCUGAAGAUUCAACUGAAUCAGGAUCAACUAUAGGGUUUACAACUGAUGUGACUUCAACUGCAGCUUCUGCACCAGUUAUCACUACCAGUGGAAUAACAACACCUGUAGAGUCAACUGAAUCAGGGACAACUGAAAGGUUUACUUCUGAUGUCACUUCAACUGCUCCUUUUACAUCAGAAGUUGCCACUAGUGGGCUCGUAUCACAGGAAGAAUCAACUGAAUCGUUAACCACAGAAAUGUUCACCUCUGAAGUAACUUCAACUUCUCCUUUGACAUCAGAUGUUGUGACCAGUGGAUUCACAACUUCUGAAGAAUCAACUGAAUCAGGAACAACUGAAAGAUUCACCUCUGAUGUCACAUUGACUGUUCCUUUGACAUCAGAUAUUACAAAUGGAUUCUCAAGUCCUGAAGAAUCGACUGAGUCAGGAACAACUGAAAGUUUCACCUCUGAUGUCACUUCAACUGCUCCUUUGACAUCAGAUGUUGUGACUAGUGGAUUCACAACUUCUGAAGAACCAACUGAAUCAGGAACAACUAUAGGGUUUACAACUGAUGUAACUUCAACUGCAGCUUCCGCACCAGUUAUCAGUACCAGUGGAAUAACAACACCUGUAGAGUCAACUGAAUCAGGGACAACUGAAAGGUUUACUUCUGAUGUCACUUCAACUUCUCCUUUGACAUCGGAUAUUAUGACCAGUGGGUUCACAACACGGGAAGAAUCAACCAAAUCAAUAACAAGAGAUAUAUUCACCUCUGAUGUCACUUCAACUGCUCCUUUUACAUCAGAUGUUAUGACCAGUGGGUCCACAACACAGGAAGUAUCCACUGAAUCAAUAACGACAGAAAGGUUCACCUCUAAUGUUGUUUCAACUGCAGCUUCUUCACCAGUUAUCACUACCAGUGGAAUAACAACACCUGUAGAAUCCACUGAAUCAGGGACAACAGAAAUGUUCACCUCUGAAGUAACUUCAUCUGCUCCUUUGACAUCAGAUGUUGCGACCAGCGGGUUAACAACUCCUAGAGAGUCAACUGAAUCAGGAACAACUGAAAGAUUCACCUCUGAUGUCACUUUGACUACUCCUUUGAGAUCAGAUAUUACAAACGGAUUCUCAAGUCCUGAAGAAUCGACUGAGUCAGGAACAACCGAAAGUUUCACCUCUGAUGUCACUUCAACUGCUCCUUUGACAUCUGAUGUUAUGACCAGUGGGUUCACAACACCUGUAGAAUCCACUGAAUCAGGGACAACACAAAGAUUCACCUCUGAUGUCACUUCAACUGCUCCUUUUACAUCAGACAUUGCCACUAAUGUUGUGACCAGUGGAUUCACAACUUCUGAAGAAUCAACUGAAUCUAUAACCACGGAGAGAUUCACCUCUGAUGUCACUUCAACUGCUUCUUUGACAUCAGAUGUUAUGAGCAGUCCGUCCACAACACAUGAAGUAUCCACUGAAUCUAUAACGACAGAAAGGUUCACCUCUGAUGUCAUUUCAACUGCAGCUUCUACACCAUUUAUCACUACCAGUGGAAUAACAACACCUGUAGAAUCAACUGAAUCAGGGACAACUGAAAGGUUUACUUCUGAUGUCACAUCAACUGCUCCUUUGACAUCUGAUGUUAUGACCAGUGGGUUCACAACACCUGUAGAAUCCACUGAAUCAGGGACAACUGAAAGAUUCACCUCUGAUAUCACUUCAACUGCUCCUUUUACAUCAGAUGUUAUGACCAGUGGGCCCACAACACAGGAAGUAUCCACUGAAUCAAUAACUACAGAAAUGUUCACCUCUGAUGUCACUUCAACUGCUCCUUUGACAUCAGAUGUUGUGACUAGUGGAUUCACAACUUCUGAAGAACCAACUGAAUCAGGAACAACUAUAGGGUUUACAACUGAUGUAACUUCAACUGCAGCUUCCGCACCAGUUAUCAGUACCAGUGGAAUAACAACACCUGUAGAGUCAACUGAAUCAGGGACAACUGAAAGGUUUACUUCUGAUGUCACUUCAACUUCUCCUUUGACAUCGGAUAUUAUGACCAGUGGGUUCACAACACAGGAAGAAUCAACCAAAUCAAUAACAAGAGAUAUAUUCACCUCUGAUGUCACUUCAACUGCUCCUUUUACAUCAGAUGUUAUGACCAGUGGGUCCACAACACAGGAAGUAUCCACUGAAUCAAUAACGACAGAAAGGUUCACCUCUAAUGUCGUUUCAACUGCAGCUUCUUCACCAGUUAUCACUACCAGUGGAAUAACAACACCUGUAGAAUCCACUGAAUCAGGGACAACUGAAAGGUUUACUUCUGAUGUCACAUCAACUGCUCCUUUGAAAUCUGAUGUUAUGACCAGUGGGUUCACAACACCUGUAGAAUCCACUGAAUCAGGGACAACUGAAAGAUUCACCUCUGAUAUCACUUCAACUGCUCCUUUUACAUCAGAUGUUAUGACCAAUGGGCCCACAACACAGGAAGUAUCCACUGAAUCAAUAACUACAGAAAUGUUCACCUCUGAUGUCAUUUCAACUGCAGCUUCUACACCAGUUAUCACUACCAGUGGAAUAACAACACCUGUAGAAUCCACUGAAUCAGGGACAACAGAAAUGUUCACCUCUGAAGUAACUUCAUCUGAUCCUUUGACAUCAGAUGUUGUGACCAGCGGGUUAACAACUCCUAGAGAGUCAACUGAAUCAGGAACAACUGAAAGAUUCACCUCUGAUGUCACUUUGACUGCUCCUUUGACAUCAGAUAUUACAAAUGGAUUCUCAAGUCCUGAAGAAUCGACUGAGUCAGGAACAACCGAAAGUUUCACCUCUGAUGUCUCUUCAACUGCUCCUUUGACAUCAGAUGUUGUGACCAGUAGAUUCACAACUUCUGAAGAUUCAACUGAAUCAGGAUCAACUAUAGGGUUUACAACUGAUGUGACUUCAACUGCAGCUUCUGCACCAGUUAUCACUACCAGUGGAAUAACAACACCUGUAGAGUCAACUGAAUCAGGGACAACUGAAAGGUUUACUUCUGAUGUCACUUCAACUGCUCCUUUUACAUCAGACAUUGCCACUAGUGGGCUCGUAUCACAGGAAGAAUCAACUGAAUCGUUAACCACAGAAAUGUUCACCUCUGAAGUAACUUCAACUUCUCCUUUGACAUCAGAUGUUGUGACCAGUGGAUUCACAACUUCUGAAGAAUCAACUGAAUCAAUAACCACGGAGAGAUUCACCUCUGAUGUCACUUCAACUGCUCCUUUGACAUCAGAUGUUGUGACUAGUGGAUUCACAACUUCUGAAGAACCAACUGAAUCAGGAACAACUAUAGGGUUUACAACUGAUGUAACUUCAACUGCAGCUUCCGCACCAGUUAUCAGUACCAGUGGAAUAACAACACCUGUAGAGUCAACUGAAUCAGGGACAACUGAAAGGUUUACUUCUGAUGUCACUUCAACUUCUCCUUUGACAUCGGAUAUUAUGACCAGUGGGUUCACAACACAGGAAGAAUCAACCAAAUCAAUAACAAGAGAUAUAUUCACCUCUGAUGUCACUUCAACUGCUCCUUUUACAUCAGAUGUUAUGACCAGUGGGUCCACAACACAGGAAGUAUCCACUGAAUCAAUAACGACAGAAAGGUUCACCUCUAAUGUCGUUUCAACUGCAGCUUCUUCACCAGUUAUCACUACCAGUGGAAUAACAACACCUGUAGAAUCCACUGAAUCAGGGACAACAGAAAUGUUCACCUCUGAAGUAACUUCAUCUGCUCCUUUGACAUCAGAUGUUGUGACCAGCGGGUUAACAACUCCUAGAGAGUCAACUGAAUCAGGAACAACUGAAAGAUUCACCUCUGAUGUCACUUUGACUACUCCUUUGACAUCAGAUAUUACAAACGGAUUCUCAAGUCCUGAAGAAUCGACUGAGUCAGGAACAACCGAAAGUUUCACCUCUGAUGUCACUUCAACUGCUCCUUUGACAUCUGAUGUUAUGACCAGUGGGUUCACAACACCUGUAGAAUCCACUGAAUCAGGGACAACAGAAAGAUUCACCUCUGAUGUCACUUCAACUGCUCCUUUUACAUCAGACAUUGCCACUAGUGGGCUCGUAUCACAGGAAGAAUCAACUGAAUCGUUAACCACAGAAAUGUUCACCUCUGAAGUAACUUCAACUUCUCCUUUGACAUCAGAUGUUGUGACCAGUGGAUUCACAACUUCUGAAGAAUCAACUGAAUCAAUAACCACGGAGAGAUUCACCUCUGAUGUCACUUCAACUGCUUCUUUGACAUCAGAUGUUAUGAGCAGUCCGUCCACAACACAUGAAGUAUCCACUGAAUCUAUAACGACAGAAAGGUUCACCUCUGAUGUCAUUUCAACUGCAGCUUCUACACCAUUUAUCACUACCAGUGGAAUAACAACACCUGUAGAAUCAACUGAAUCAGGGACAACUGAAAGGUUUACUUCUGAUGUCACAUCAACUGCUCCUUUAACAUCUGAUGUUAUGACCAGUGGGUUCACAACACCUGUAGAAUCCACUGAAUCAGGGACAACUGAAAGAUUCACCUCUGAUAUCACUUCAACUGCUCCUUUUACAUCAGAUGUUAUGACCAGUGGGCCCACAACACAGGAAGUAUCCACUGAAUCAAUAACUACAGAAAUGUUCACCUCUGAUGUCAUUUCAACUGCAGCUUCUACACCAGUUAUCACUACCAGUGGAAUAACAACACCUGUAGAAUCCACUGAAUCAGGGACAACAGAAAUGUUCACCUCUGAAGUAACUUCAUCUGCUCCUUUGACAUCAGAUGUUGUGACCAGCGGGUUAACAACUCCUAGAGAGUCAACUGAAUCAGGAACAACUGAAAGAUUCACCUCUGAUGUCACUUCAGCUGCUCCUUUGACAUCAGAUAUUACAAAUGGAUUCUCAAGUCCUGAAGAAUCGACUGAGUCAGGAACAACAGAAAGUUUCACCUCUGAUGUCUCUUCAACUGCUCCUUUGACAUCAGAUGUUGUGACCAGUAGAUUCACAACUUCUGAAGAUUCAACUGAAUCAGGAUCAACUAUAGGGUUUACAACUGAUGUGACUUCAACUGCAGCUUCUGCACCAGUUAUCACUACCAGUGGAAUAACAACACCUGUAGAGUCAACUGAAUCAGGGACAACUGAAAGGUUUACUUCUGAUGUAACUUUAACUGCUCCUUUGACAUCUGAUGUUAUGACCAGUGGGUUCAUAACACAGGAAGAAUCAACUAAAUCAAUAUCAACUGAAAGGUUUACUUCUGAUGUCACUUCAACUGCUCCUUUUACAUCAGACAUUGCCACUAGUGGGCUUGUAUCACAGGAAGAAUCAACUGAAUCGUUAACCACAGAAAUGUUCACCUCUGAAGUAACUUCAACUUCUCCUUUGACAUCAGAUGUUGUGACCAGUGGAUUCACAACUUCUGAAGAAUCAACUGAAUCAAUAACCACGGAGAGAUUCACCUCUGAUGUCACUUCAACUGCUUCUUUGACAUCAGAUGUUAUGAGCAGUCCGUCCACAACACAUGAAGUAUCCACUGAAUCUAUAACGACAGAAAGGUUCACCUCUGAUGUCAUUUCAACUGCAGCUUCUACACCAUUUAUCACUACCAGUGGAAUAACAACUCCUGUAGAAUCAACUGAAUCAGGGACAACUGAAAGGUUUACUUCUGAUGUCACAUCAACUGCUCCUUUGAAAUCUGAUGUUAUGACCAGUGGGUUCACAACACCUGUAGAAUCCACUGAAUCAGGGACAACUGAAAGAUUCACCUCUGAUAUCACUUCAACUGCUCCUUUUACAUCAGAUGUUAUGACCAGUGGGUCCACAACACAGGAAGUAUCCACUGAAUCAAUAACUACAGAAAUGUUCACCUCUGAAGUAAGUUCAUCUGCCCCUUUGACAUCAGAUGUUGUGACCAGUGGAUUCACAACUUCUGAAGAUUCAACUGAAUCAGGAUCAACUACAGGGUUUAGAACUGAUGUAACUUUAACUGCAGCUUCUGCACCAGUUAUCACUACCAGUGGAAUAACAACACCUGUAGAGUCAACUGAAUCAGGGACAACUGAAAGGUUUACUUCUGAUUUAACUUCAACUGCUCCUUUGACAUAUGAUGUUAUGACCAGUGGGUUCACAACACAGGAAGAAUCAACUAAAUCAAUAACAACUGAAAGGAUUACCUCAGAUUUCAUGUCAACUGCUCCUUUGACAUCUGAUGUUAUGACCAGUGGGUUCACAACACAGGAAGAAUCAACUGAAUCAGUGACAAUUGACAGGUUUACUUCUGAUGUCACUUCAACUUCUCCUUUGACAUCAGAUGUUAUGACCAGUGGAUUCACAACUUCUGAAGAAUCAACUGAAUCAGGAACAACUAUGGGGUUUACAACUGAUGUGACUUCAACUGCAGCUUCUGCACCAGUUAUCACUACCAGUGGAAUAACAACACCUGUAGAAUCAACUGAAUCAGGGACAACUGAAAGGUUUACUUCUGAUGUCACAUCAACUGCUCCUUUGACAUCUGAUGUUAUGACCAGUGGGUUCACAACACAGGAAGAAUCAACUAAAUCAAUAACAACUGAAAGGAUAACCUCCGAUUUCAUGUCAACUGCUCCUUUGACAUCUGAUGUUAUGACCAGUGGGUUCACAACACAGGAAGAAUCAACUGAAUCAAUAAAAACGGAGAGAUUCACCUCUGAUGUCUCUUCAACUGCUCCUUUGACAUCAGAUGUUGUGACCAGUGGAUUCACAACUUCUGAAGAAUCAACUGAAUCAGGAACAAUUAUGAGGUUUACAACUGAUGUGACUUCAACUGCAGCUUCUGCACCAGUAAUCACUACCAGUGGAAUAACAACACUUGUAGAGUCAACUGAAUCAGGGACAAUUGACAGGUUUACUUCUGAUGUCACUUCAACUUCUCCUUUGACAUCAGAUGUUAUUACCAGUGGAUUCACAACACAGGAAGAAUUAACUAAAUCAAUUAUAACAGAAAGGUUCACCUCUGAUGUCAUUUCAACUGCAGCUUCUACAUUAGUUAUCACGACCAGUGGAAUAAAAACACCUGUAAAGUCAACUGAAUCAGGGACAACUGAAAGGUUUACUUCUGAUGUCACUUCAACUUCUCCUUUGACAUCUGAUAUUAUGACCAGUGGAUUCACAACACAGGAAGAAUCAACUAAAUCAAUAACAACAGAAAGGUUCACCUCUGAUGUCACCACUGAUGUCAUUUCAACUGCAGCUUCUACAUCAGUUAUCACGACCAGUGGAAUAACAACACCUAUAGAGUCAACUGAAUCAGGGACAACUGAAAGGUUUACUUCUGAUGUCACUUCAAUUGCUCCUUUGACAUCAGACGUUGCCACUAGUGGGCUCGUAUCACAGGAAGAAUCAACUGAAUCGAUAACAACAGAAAUUUUCACCUCUGAAGUAACUUCAUCUCCUACUUUGAUAUCAGAUGUUGUGACCACUGGGUUCACAACUGCUAGAGAGUCAACUGAAUCAGGAACAACUGAAAGAUUCACCUCUGAUGUCACUUUGACUGCUCAUUUGACAUCAGAUAUUAUUACAAAUGGAUUCUCAAGUCCUGAAGAAUCGACUGAGUCAGGAACAACUGUAAGUUUCACCUCUGAUAUCACUUCAACUGCUCCUUUGACAACAGAUGUUGUGACCAGUGGAUUCACAACUUCUGAAGAUCUAACUGAAUCAGGAACAACUAUAGGGUUUGCAACUGAUUUGACUUCAACUGCAACUUCUGCACCAGUUAUCACUACCAGUGGAAUAACAACACCUGUAGAAUCAACUGAAUCAGUGACAACAGAAAGAUUCACCUCUGAUAUCACUUCAACUGCUCCUUUUACAUCAGAUGUUAUGACCAGUGGGUCCACAACACAGGAAGUAUCCACUGAAUCAAUAAAAACAGAAAGGUUCACCUCUGAUGUCAUUUCAACUGCAGCUUCUACACCAGUUAUCACUACCAGUGGAAUAACAACACCUGUAGAAUCGACUGAGUCAGGAACAACUGUAAGUUUCACCUCUGAUAUCACUUCAACUGCUCCUUUGACAUCAGAUGUUGUGACCAGUGGAUUCACAACUUCUGAAGAACCAACUGAAUCAGGAACAACUAUAGGGUUUGCAACUGAUUUGACUUCAACUGCAACUUCUGCACCAGUUAUCACUACCAGUGGAAUAACAACACCUGUAGAAUCGACUGAGUCAGGAACAACUGAAAGAUUCACCUCUGAUAUCACUUCAACUGCUUCUUUUACAUCAGAUGUUAUGACCAGUGGGUCCACAACACAGGAAGUAUCCACUGAAUUAAUAAAAACAGAAAGGUUCACCUCUGAUGUCAUUUCAACUGCAGCUUCUACACCAGUUAUCACUACCAGUGGAAUAACAACACCUGUAGAAUCAACUGAAUCAGGAAAAACUGAAAGGUUUACUUCUAAUGUCACUUCAAAUGCUCCUUUGACAUCAGAUGUUGUGACCAGUGGGUUCACAACACAGGAAGAAUCAACUAUAUCAAUAACAACAGAAAGGUUCACCUCUGAUUUCACAUCUGAUGUCAUUUCAACUGCAGCUUCUACACAAGUUAUCACUACCAGUGCAAUUACAACACCUGUAGAAUCCACUGAAUCAGGGACAACAGAACUGUUCACCUCUGAAGUAACUUCAUCUGCUCCUUUGACAUCAGAUGUUGUGACCAGCGGGUUAACAACUCCUAGAGAGUCAAUUGAACCAGGAACAACUGAAAGGUUUACCUCUGAUGUCACUUCAACUGCUCCUUUUACAUCUGAUAUUAUGACUAGUGGGUCCACAACACAGAAAGUAUCCACUGAAUCAAUAACAACGGAGAGGUUCACCUCUGAUGUCACUUCAACUGCAGCUUCUACACAAGUUAUCACUACCAGUGCAAUUACAACACCUGUAGAAUCCACUGAAUCAGGGACAACAGAACUGUUCACCUCUGAAGUAACUUCAUCUGCUCCUUUGACAUCAGAUGUUGUGACCAGCGGGUUAACAGCUCCUAGAGAGUCAACUGAAUCAGGAACAACCGAAAGUUUCACCUCUGAUGUCACUUCAACUGCUCCUUUGACAUCAGAUGUUGUGACCAGUGGAUUAACAACUUCUAAAGAAUCAACUGAAUCAGGAACAACUAUGGUGUUUACAACUGAAGUGACUUCAAGUGCAGCUUCUGCACCAGUUAUCACUACCAGUGGAAUUACAACACCUGUAGAAUCCACUGAAUCAGGGACAACUGAAAGGUUUAUCUCUGAUGUCACUUCAACUGCUCCUUUUACAUCUGAUAUUAUGACCAGUGGGUCCACAACACAGAAAGUAUCCACUGAAUCAAGAACAACAGAAAGGUUCACCUCUGAUGUCACUUCAACUUCAGCUUCUACACCAGUAAUCACUACACGUGGGAUUACAACACCUGUAGAAUCCACUGAAUUAGGGACAACUGAAAGGUUUACCUCUGAUGUCACUUCAAUUGUUCCUUUGACAUCUGAUGUUUUGACCAGUGGGUUUACAUCACAGGAAGAAUCAACUGAACCAAUAACAACAAGAAUGUCAACUUCUGAUGCCACUUCAACUGCUCCUCUAACAUCAGAUGAUGCUACCAGUGCAUUCACAACUCUUGAAGAAUCUACUGAAUUAGAAACAAUUGAAGGAUUUACAUCAGUUUUCACAUCAAUUGCACCUUUGUCCACAAAGUCAGAGUCAACAGAACCCCAAAUUACUUCACUAUCUACAGGCGACGUAUCAUCAUCCAAGGAAACUGCAGGAUUUACCACUCUGAUAUCAGGAAUGUCUUCUGUGUCAUCAGAUACUUCAACAGUGGCUUUUUCUACAGAAUCAGAGUCAACCAAAUCCCAAACCACUGCAGGGUUUACAGCUGAAGUCUCAAUAACCCAGGCAACCACAGCAAUCACCACGCGGGUAACAUCAAGUGCUCCUGUGUUAUCAGAUACUUCAACAGAUGCUUUGUCUACAGAGUCAGAAUCAACUGAAUCCCAAACUACCGCAGGGUUUACAGCUGAAGUCUCAUCAACUCAGGCAACCACAGGAAUCACCAUGCGGGUAACAUCAAGUGCUCCUGUGUCAUCAGAUACUUCAACAAGGGCUUUGUCUACAGAUUCAGAAUCAACAGUGCCCCAGACCACUGCCGGGCUAACAGCUGAAGUCUCAUCAACCCAAUCAACUACAGGGUUUACCUCUAAGGUAACAUCCGCUAUUCCUGUGUCAUCAGUUGCUUUAACAGAUGCUUUGUCUACAAAAUCAGAAUCAACAGAAUUCCAAAGUACUGCUGGAUUCACAUCAGAUUUUACUUUUGGAUUAGUUACUACUGAUAAAUCAAUAUCAGAGCAAAUGUCGACUGGUAGUCUGACAUCUGACCUUACAACAGACACCAAAAGUACAGUAUCCGACACAACAGAAUCUCAAACUACAAUAGAAUUGUUAUCAACUGUUUCUCAAACUAAUAGUGUGUCAGAUACACCUCUAAGUACAGGAAAAGGAACCUCAAGAGAUGUAACUACUGUAGAAUCAACAUCAGAGGUUCCAACCUCUGUAAAGCAUUCAACAAGAAGUCAGAAUACUGAAGACUUUACCAUAGGGGAUACAUCAGGGCUCCCUGUUACCACAGAUUUUACAAGCAUUAGCUCUAAUACUGGAGCAGGAAAAACAGAAUCCCAAACUACUAAACAAUUCCCAACAAUGACAGACGAGAAUGAAACUACCAGAAAACAAACCACCCUAUCUAUGUCUAGCACUCAAUCAACAAUGGAAUCAAGUACUGACAAUAAGUUUUCAACACAUCAGGGAUCCACUGUGAAGGCUUCCACUUUUGAAGGGUCCACCUUAAGUCUAACGACCACUGAGCAGCGCACAACUCAAACUCAGACUACAACCCCAUCAGCUAUGCUGUCCACAGAGUUUAGUACAGAAGAAAUUACUGAUGAAGCAACAACCUUGCAAACAACUGUUGACAUGGCUUCAACAUCACUCUUUCCCACUUCUAAAAUAUCAACUACUACGGACACAAGGAGUACUCAGAAACAAACUAGUAGGAUUACUCCAAUGACUGAAGCUGUUUCAACAGUGGGAGAGACAACCAUAAACCCUACCAGUGACCAGAUGGUCACUACAUUCAUGAUGUUCUCUUCUGAUGAACCUGCAUCUCUAACCAAAGGUCAAACAACAAUGACCACAAGAAUUACUGACCGGACUGUGACAACAAUUUAUCCUAAAGAAACCACAACACAAGCUUCUACUGUUGAUUUAACCACAACCAAACCCACAACUACACCUGCAGAAACUACAGAUGAAAUUGAAUCAUCAACAGAACUUGCUAGUUCAGCUAAACCCACAACUGCCGUUGCUACUUCUGAAGGUACAAGUGCCCCCAGACUGACCUCUAUGAGCACAGUGACUGGUCAAUUAACCUCAGAGGAAACUACCAUCAGUGAUCAAACUACGACAAUGGAUGUCACAACUGAAUUUUCUACAAGUGUAACAACUGGCAAUAUUACAAUCCCUACACCGUCAACCCUUCCUACAACAGUAGAUGUCUCAACAGAAAUUUCCACUGCAGGUGCAACAACUGGAAAUGUUACAACGCCAACUGUUUCAACACUGCUAACAAAAGUUGAUGUGACAACAGAGGUUUCUACUGAUGUUACAUCAACUGGAAAUGUUACAACUUCAACUGUUUCAACACUUCCAACAACCAUUGAUGUGACAACAGAGGUUUCUACAGCAGGUGCAACAACUGGAAAUGUUACAACACCAACUGCUUCGACACUGCCAACAACAGUUGAUGUGACGACAGAGGUUUCUACUGCAGGUGCAACUACUAAAGAUGUUACAACUUCAACUGUUUCAACACUGCCAACAACAUUUGAUGUGACAACAGAGAUUUCUACUGAAGUUACAACAACUGGAAAUGUUACGGAACAGACUGUUUCAACUCUUUCGACACCUGUAGAUAUCUCAACAGAAGUUUCUACUAAUGGUUUAACAACUGGAAAUGUUACAACACCAACUGCUUCAACAGUUGAUGUUACGACAUAUGUUUCUACUGAAGUUGUAACUGGGAACUUUACAACCCCAACUGUUUCAACACUGUCAACAACGUUUGAUGUGACAACAGAAGUUUCUACUAGUAGUGUAACAACUGGAAAUGUUACAACACCAACUGUUUCAACACUGCCAACAACAGAUGAUGUGACAACAGAGAUUUCUACUGAAGUUACAACAACUGGAAAUGUUACAACACAGACUGUUUCAACUCUUUCGACACCUGUAGAUAUCUCAACAGAAGUUUCUACUAAUGGUUUAACAACUGGAAAUGUUACAACACCAACUGCUUCAGCACUUCCUACAACAGUUGAUGUUACGACAUAUGUUUCUACUGAAGUUGUAACUGGGAAUGUUACAACCCCAACCGUUUCAACACUGCCAACAACGUUUGAUGUGACAACAGAGGUUUCUACUAGUAGUGUAACAACUGGAAAAGUUACAACCCCAACUGUUUCAACACUGCCAACAACAGAUGAUGUGACAACAGAGGUUUCUACAGCAGGUGCAACAACUGGAAAUGUUGCAACACCAACUCACUCAACACUUCCUACAACAGUUGAUGUGACGAAAAAGGUUUCUACUGAAGCUGUAACAACUGGGAUUGUUACAACACUGCCAACAACAGUUGAUGUGACAACAGAAGUUUCUACAGCAGGUGCAACAACUGGGAAUGUUACAACACCAACUGCUUCAGCACUUCCUACCACAGUGGUAAUGACCACCAUUGAUGUAAGCACUAGGACACCAACAACAAUCUCGGAUACUACCCUGGAUUCUGUCAUCACUACUGAAUCUAGGUCUUCAUUUUCAGGUGUGACUGCACAUGCCUAUGGUGACCCACACUUUUUGACCUUUGACACAAGGUCAUACAACUUCCAGGGAGAAUGUGAAUAUCUGCUUGCAUCUGACUGCCUUGCCGACUCAUCACGUUUCCGAGUUGUCAUAAACAACGAUAAAUCAACUAACUUUCCUGACUAUGCACAGGUUGUUGGAGUAGACGUGAUUGUAGAUGAUAUACUUAUUUCUCUGAUGGGACGCAGUGUAUCAAUUGAUGGUAUAGAUGUUAUUCUCCCUGUACAACCAUCCACUGCACUUACAGUUAGGAAUACAGGCUCAUCUAUAGUAAUAUCAAGUGAUUUUGGUUUGACUGUGGAAUGGGGAAUAACAUCAUCUCUGACUCUCAUCCUCAAUUCGACCUUUGCUAAUGUGAUGUGUGGAUUAGCUGGUGAUUACAACGGAAAUCCUGAUGAUGAUACACGUACUGUUACUGGUUCUGUGGCUUCCCUGAUGCAGUUCACAACGAGCUAUGUUGAGAACCCAGAGGACUGUCCAGCCUAUGUUGCACCUCCAGAUGACCCUUGUGAUACCCACAAUGCAUCAAUCAUUUCUGCUGCUUCCUCUCUGUGUGAUAUGUUGAUGAAUCUGACAGGGCCCUUUGGUGAGUGCAUCAGGCGUGUCAACACCUUGUCUACCUUCUAUCAGAGUUGCCUUUAUGACUUCUGUGCCACCUACCCCAUUGGUGAAGGUAUUUGUGAUGUCUUUACAACCGCUGCUCGGGAAUGCAGGAUACGGGGAUAUGUAGUUGAUGGAUGGCGAUCCUCUGAACUAUGUCCUAUUGAGUGUGGUACUAACUCCACCUUCAGCUACUGUGGAUCAGCCUGCCAGCCUUCAUGCUACAACGUGCAUACAGUCUCUGGAGACGAUCUCCUUUGUAAUGAUGCUACAUGUCUUGAGGGUUGCUUCUGUGAUCCUGGCUAUGUCCUGGAAGGGAAUGAGUGUGUUCCUUUAGAGUCCUGUGGAUGUGUCUCAAAUGGAUUUUAUCAUAUGGUUGGUGAGACCUGGCUAACAAAUGGAUGUAUGGAGGAAUGCACCUGUUCCUCUAAUGGUACCACUGUCUGUCAAGCAAUCUCCUGCAGCGAGUACUCAUCUUGUGAGAUCAGGGAGGGGGUCUUGGGAUGCUUCUGUAGGGAAGGUUACCAAGGAGAUGGAAUCAGUUGCCUCUUACAAUGUCAGGAGGAUUAUUUCCGCUGUCCUGAAGGAACCUGUAUUCCAGAGCUCUAUGUUUGUGACGAGUAUCCGGGAGAUUGCCUAAAUAACUAUGAUGACUCAGAAGAACUCUGCUGCAAUAUGAGGAAUGUGACUGCUUUCUGUCCGAAGCCAGAUCACUUCCGUUGUCCUGAUGGCGUGUACAUUCCAUUCUCCUAUGUCUGUGAUGAUUGGCCGUAUGAUUGUCUGGAUAAUUAUGAUGAAUCGCCAGAACUAUGUACAGGUUUAUGUGCUAGCCCUGGGAUCCCAUCUCAGGGUACCAUCUCACCGUUCCAGACGGUUUAUACCAACGGUUCCGUGGUGCAGUAUACUUGUAAUAAUGGCUAUGUUCUGAUAGGGAACACCAGUGAUACAUGCAUUGAUGGUGCUUUCAAUUCACCUCUACCACAGUGUUAUGCGAGUUGCAUUUUACCAAGAGAACCAAAUAAUGGUGCCCUCAACGGAACUGCCUUCAAUCACAGUGAGGUCAUUGGUUUCACCUGUAACAUUGGCUAUCAAAUGACUCCAGAGGGAGCCAGUGUGAGAUGUGACAACGGGACAGUCAAAGGGACCAUUCCCAUAUGCACAGAUAUCAAUGAGUGUUCAAGUGGACCAUGUCAGAACAAUGGUACUUGUUUUAACGAGAUUAAUCAGUAUCGAUGUGAGUGUACUACUGGAUGGACAGGAACCAACUGCGAACAGGAUAUUGAUGAGUGCAGUAGCUCUGUCCUAAAUAACUGUGGAAUGAAUGCUACUUGUACUAAUACCAAUGGCAGCUAUAUAUGCAUGUGUGAUGAUGGAUUCAUUGGAGAUGGUAUUACAUGCAUAGAGAUCAUCUUAUUCCCAUAUUCUACAUCAAAUGGAGACAGCCAGCUUUCACUGACCUCUGAGUCUGCCUCCCCUGAUGGAGAAAGGUUCCCAUCUCAAGAACAGAUCUCAUCUACCAUCAGACCACCCACUGGUUUCCCAUUUGGAGAUACAUUCUACUAUAGUCUAUAUUUCAUGGAUAAUGGGCUGAUAAUUUUCAUCAAAGAAAAUGAUGAGAAGUAUGGAUUCCCUAAUCCAUACCCAAAUGGUUUCUCCAAUGACACUCGUCUGCCACUGGUGGCGCCCUUCUGGGCCGAUGCUGAUAUAAAUGAUGGUGAAGGAGAGGUGUUCUAUCAGGUAUAUGAGAGGUCAAAUUCCAAUACUGCCAAUCAGACUGCUGUGCUGGAUGAUGCUAGCUACAGGAUAAGAGCGUUCCAAUCAGACAUAUCAGGGUUCAAUGCUACAUGGAUGCUUGUCGUCACUUGGAGCAAUCUCCCGUCAUUUAUCUCAAGUAAUACGAAUACCUUUCAAGCAGCUCUGGUGAUGGACUCCCGUUACAGCUUCGUGCUCUUCAACUACCAAGAGAAUGAUAUGAACUGGGACCCGGCAACCUUGGCCAGCACCAAUGUCAUCAUGGGAUAUAACUUGGGUAAUGGCCAGUUUGUCAAUAUGCACCUUGAUAAUCCACCUUUUGCUGGGGUCCAGGAGCGCUUCAGACCUGAUCAAUAUGUUGGUAAUACUGGCCUGAAGGGACAAUGGAUCUACCGACUUGAGAACAACACUCUAGAUACCAUCAACCCCAAACAGUUCUGCUUGGACUGGUACAAUUUAGAACCAUCCCCGGAUGAAUGGGAUAGGUACCUCGGAACUUGUCCCUGUUCCUUCACCCAGGGUGGGGAGGAUGGCGCUUACAGUACUGGACGUCGUAGCAGGAGGCCAUCAACCACCAUGUCAUCAUCGCGUGCUUUGGAUCAGGCACUAAUAGAAGAAAUCAAUACUCUAGAUGGUGAGCCAUUUUGUCUUCAGACCAGUAUAUCUCCUCUCGAUAAUGGAGCUGGGAUGUUUUGCUGUUACCGUGGUGAUCAAUCUCUUAUAGAAGGUUACGGAGGAGAUCUAACCAGUAGCUUUGAAGAGCGAUACCAAUUCAACUCUGGGGGAUCGUUUGACUUUGUUGCAUAUCUCAAUUGGCUAGUGUAUGAUUUCUCACCUCGUCACUACUGUUGUGGAGCAUCUAACGAUGAAGCCUUCUGUGACCUAUACACUGAGAAGCGACCUGCUGGAACAUGUAAUGGAUAUUUACCACCAAAUUCAGGUUGGAUGCUUGGUGAUCCUCAUAUCACCACCCUUGAUGGCUAUAGUUACACCUUCAAUGGCCUAGGGGAAUACACACUAGUCACCUUACCAGAUACCACAGGUACCAACAAUCUGUUCACUCUACAAGGAAGAACAGCGAGGGCACUAGACACUCAAACCCAAGACUUGACGAACGCUACUUUCUUUGUCGCCUUUGCCGCUCAGGCAGCCAACUCAAGUCUUGUUGAGAUGGAGCUAAAUGAUAUAGGGACAGACUUUGAUGUCUAUGUUGAUGGAAUCCUCUUCAAUAAAUCAUCUUUAUCAGAAGGUCCAUAUGUGAACGGAGGUUUCUCCCUACAGCAGCGUUUGAGUAAUGGAUCAUUAAGAGUUGUUGCAUACUGGCAGGUUGGGAUGUCUAUUAACGUUGGUGUUAUUGAGGGUAUACUUGAUAUUGUAUUCUCGGCUCCAGAAAGCUUCAAGACCGGCAUUACUCAAGGACUAUUUGGUGUUUGGGAUGGUGAUGUAACAAAUGAUUUCAUGAGAUCUGACGGGUCCAUGCAGUCUCCUACGGGAUCAGAUGGCAACUAUACUGACAGUGAUUUAUUCAGUUUUGGAGAAACUUGGCGCAUCUCGGUCAACGAGUCCCUCUUCAACUACACCCGUGGUGGGCAGAGCUGGGUGACCUUCAAUGACGUGACCUUCACCCCUGUCUUCCUAGAGGACAUGAUAAAUGCUACAGAGCAGAGUGAUCCUGCAUUCCUAUCAUCAGCUCAGGAUACCUGUGGGAGUAGCAGGGAAUGUUUAUAUGACGCCUUGGCAACCAGGGACAAUGAUAUCGGAUUAUCAACUAAACAGACUGAAGAGACCUUUAUUGCCAAUAAUGAUAUACUCUUGAACUUUCCACCAAACAUUACAGGAGUAAUGAAUGACCUUCAGGUGGAGGUCGGGAGUCCUGUCAACUUUACUGUCAUGGCAACAGACCCUGAAGGUAGUGCUGUGACCUUUGACCUCUUGAAUGAAGUACCUGGUGCAGAGAUCAACAGUUCAAGUGGUGUAUUUAUGUGGACACCACAGUCCACUGAACCUGUCAGUCUGGUCAUCCGUGCUUCUGAUGGUCAGAUAUACAGCCCUGUUGAACCAGUGGUCAAGGUUUGCGACUGCCAGAAUAACGGAACCUGUGUGUACGAUCAGUAUACAGAUGACUCCAAUAUCAUCAAUGAUCGAUUUGCGGUUGUUGUCUGUGAGUGCAGUGCUGGUUGGACCGGUGAUUUCUGUGAGCUUGACUACGAUGCUUGCAUUGAUAGUCCAUGCUUUCCUGGAGUGACAUGUAUUGAUCGUGUAGCACCUAAUACAGGCAACCUAUGUGGGUCAGGCACAUGCCCUAAUGGACUAGUAGGGGAUGGAUUCAAAUGUGCAGAUUUUGAUGAAUGUGUGGAGUGGUCUAACAGAUCAGUAUCUGAUGGAGGACCAGCCUGUGAACAGAUCUGCAUCAAUGUUCUUGGAUCCUACUACUGUAGCUGUGAUCCUGGUUAUCAAUUACAUCCUGAUCUUACAUCAUGCAUUGAUAUUGAUGAGUGUGAACAGGGAACCGGUGACUGUAGUGUUAAUGCUGUGUGUGCGAAUACAGUAGGAACAUUCACCUGUUCAUGCAUAGAUGGAUACAGGGGAGAUGGAAUCAGCUGUACAGAUAUUAAUGAAUGUCUUGAGAAUACCCAAAUAUGUGAUCCGAAUGCAGAUUGCACAAACAUUCCUGGAUCCUACGUCUGUGAAUGCGUUCCAGGAUUCGAGGGGAAUGGAAUCUUAUGCUCAGAUAUUGAUGAGUGCAGUCGUAACCUUGAUGACUGCAAUAUGAACGCAGUAUGCACCAAUACAGAAGGGUCUUACGGCUGUACGUGUGCUACUGGCUGGGAAGGGGAUGGUAUCUUAUCUUGUACAAACAUCAAUGAGUGUCUUCUGGCUUCCAGGGAAUGCCAUCCUAGAGCCUCAUGUGAAGACACACAGGGUAGCUACAUCUGUACCUGUCCUGCAGGGCUGGUAGGAGAUGGCAUCACUUGUGUUGAUAUUGAUGAGUGUACCACAGGAUUAGAUGAGUGUGCUGAGGGUUCAAGCCUCUGUUUGAACACUCAAGGAUCAUAUGACUGCCGCUGCAACUCUGGUUACAUAGGAAACGGAUUUACAUGCGAGGAUAUUAAUGAAUGCCGAUCAAAUGUCUCUGUGUGUUCAAUCAAUGCUCUAUGUGAUAACACCAUCGGAUCUUUCAGUUGUCAUUGUAAGUCUGGAUUUGCAGGUGACGGUGUAACAUGUGUUGAUGUCAAUGAAUGUGCUGUUGGUAGUGAUGACUGUAAUUCAACGUUGGGUAUCUGUACAAACUCAGUGGGUUCCUAUUCAUGCUCCUGUGUGUCAGGAUAUACAGGAGAUGGACGAACUUGCAAUGACAUUGACGAGUGUUUGACCCAGGCUGAUGACUGCGAGCAGGAAUGCCUGAAUACCAUAGGGAGCUUUGAGUGUUCUUGUAUGCCUGGAUACAGAAUUGAUUCUGCUCUACCAAACAUGUGUCUUGAUGAGGACGAGUGUGCUUUGGGUAUUAGUGGAUGUCCUCAGGGAUGUAACAAUACCACCCCUGCUCAGAACCCUAAUGGUUUCAACUGCUACUGCUAUGAAGGUUUCAACUCUGACCCGCAAGGCAACUGUCUUCCUGUAACAAAUUGUACAAGUACAGUGUGUAGUAACGCAGACUGUGUUGUUCUAAACGGUAUGGAGACGUGUAUCUGCUACAAUGGCUACAAAUUCAACGACUCGGACACCACAUCUUGUAUCGAUAUUGAUGAGUGCAGUGAUAUAGAGUACAGUAACAUGUGCAAUCAGAACUGCACCAAUACAAUUGGAGAUUACAACUGCUCCUGUUUCGAGGGCUACUCCCUUGAGAGCGAUGGCCGAACAUGUAAUGAUAUUGAUGAAUGUCAAGAUGGGAGUCAUACAUGUGAUUUAGUAUCUCAGAUCUGUAUCAAUACGGUGGGAUAUUUCAUGUGUCAAUGCAAGGCAGGAUUCUUCCAAAAUGGUUCAGUUUGUCAAGAUGUCAAUGAAUGUGCUGAUACUAGUAUAUGUGGAACCAAUGCGAUGUGUAUCAAUUCUAUGGGUAGCUAUAUGUGUAGCUGUCUGGAUGGAUAUGAUGGAGAUGGGAUCACCUGUCUUGACAUUGAUGAGUGUUCCAGUGAGAAUGAUUGUCAUGAGUUUGCACAGUGUAUCAAUACUGAGGGCUCGUAUAACUGCUCUUGUUUAGCUGGCUAUACAGGAAAUGAAACAUUCUGUGAAAACAUCAAUGAAUGUAUCAAUGAUACCACCUGUAUAUCACCUGCCAAUUGUGUUGACACACCUGGUAGUUUCCUCUGUGAAUGCCCUGCUGGAUAUGACCCUACUGGAGUUAGCUGCAUCAAUAUUAAUGAGUGUACCGUGUCCGUGAAUGAUACCCGUCGUCAUGAGUGUGAUUCCAAUGCUGCCUGUCUGGAUCUCCCUGGCAGUUAUAACUGUUCAUGUUUAUCUGGUUACCAAGGCAAUGGCUUCCAGUGCACAGACAUCAAUGAGUGUGACACUCAAGACUCAUGCGUACCCAACUCUCAAUGCACCAACACUGAUGGAUCCUAUCUCUGCACAUGUGAUACUGGUUACCGUGGCGAUGGUCGUAUUCAGUGUAAUGAUAUUGAUGAGUGUGACGAGAAUCCCACCAUCUGUAAUGAGAAUGCGAGCUGUAACAACACCAUUGGUAGCUUUACAUGCACCUGUAACGAUGGAUUUAGCUCUAAUGGAACUGCAUGUAUAAAUGUUGAUGAGUGUGAUACCCUGAAUGACUGCCAUCCUCUAGCCACCUGUACAGACACUGUUGGUAGUUAUUUCUGUACAUGUCAGUCAGGAUUCAUUUCUCCAGAUGGAGCCAGGGGACGAUCUUGCAAUGAUCUAGACGAGUGUUCACUAGGUAUCAGUUCAUGCGAUUCGUUGACUGAGGAGUGUUUCAACACCUAUGGAGCUUUCACAUGCAGCUGUGCUGAUGGCUAUACACUCAUCAAUGGACAGUGUCAAGACAUUGAUGAGUGCAUUAAUGACCCAUGUGAAAGUCUGAUGAACAGACGAUGUGAAAACCAACCUGGAUCAUACCAAUGUGUUUGUAGAACAGGAUACUAUGUGGUCAACUCUCAAUGCUUGCCUGCUAUGUCAAUGCUUCUAACUGCAACCUUCACUGAUAUCUCUGGAUUGGAAGUGCUGGGACAGUUAUUCAAUUACAAUGACUUUGCCUCAUAUAUACCUCAGCUUGAAAUAGAUUUGGACAACCUCCUUCAAAGUGUUGGCCUUACCAACUACACAGCUGCCUCCGUCUCUUCUUCCCGUCAACUCGCUUUGGGCAUCGAGGUCCAGUUCACCUUGGACUUUCUGCCGACAUCGACAACCUCUGGAAAUGAGAUCCUAUCAGCUUUCCUAGCAGGACUGAUCGGGAGGGAUAAUAACAUCAUCCUGCCUAGCAACAUCAUUAUCAGGAGUUCAGCUUUUGUAGGAACGCCAGUGAUCAAUCCUUGCGUUGAACAGACAGAUAAUUGUACAUCAAAUUCAGACUGUAUAUUCCUUGGAACCUCUUGGAACUAUACCUGUCAGUGUAAAGAUGGAUUCAUUGGAGAUGGAUUCAUAUCAUGUACAGAUAUCAAUGAAUGUUUGAAUGAUACAUGCACCGAUGAAGGAGAGAGGUGUGUUAACACUGCUGGAAGUUACUCCUGUGACUGCAUGAUUGAUAGAGGCUACAUUGCUAAGGAUGGGACAUGCACCUUAUAUGAAGUUUACCGUGGCCAACUUACUGCCCUUCUUAUCAACGAUGUGUCUGCUAUUUUCACCUCUGACCUCACCGACCCCUCCAGCCAGGCGUAUUCCAGUCUAGCAUUCUUAGUCAGUAAUGCGAUACGAUAUCUCAUUCUACUGCAACCAAACCUACAAGGAUUCUUUGAAUCUUGUACUGUAUCUGGAUUCACCAACGGCAGUGUGGUAGCGACCUACUACGUCUCGUUCAACCAAUCCGUCAAUACUUCAGAAAGCGCCCUCACAGCUCUGAUUGUGAACAGCGUAGAGACUGACGGUAUCCUGACGACGGGCAUAGCCUCCCAAGGCAACAUUACUGUAGAUCCCAAUUCUGUGGAAAUAACCAAAAUAACCCAAGAAUGUUCCACUUCUUACUGUCUGAACGGAGGGAUAUGCUCUUUGCUAAAUGGAUUGAGAGUUUGCCAAUGUCCCAUUGGUUAUAAAGGAGAUACGUGUGAGAUCGCUCCUACCACUCAAGCUCCUUCCACUCUGGAUGGUAGUACCAUGGCAACAGAAAACAUUACUCAGAUGACCAAUGCGACAUCAUCAUCACAGAUACCUGGUCUGUCUGAUGCAGAGAUAAUUGGUAUAGUGUUUGGUGUCCUGGGGGUAAUAGUCAUCAUCUUCAUAUUCAUUGUCUGCUUCUGUGCCCUCGUCAUCCGCUAUCGCCAACGAAACAUGAUGCUUUACUCCAAGCCGAUGCCCUACGACAUCGCCGAUGACGAUGGCCUGGGGGUCUUGUACAACAUAUCUUACGCCCAACGCGCUGGACGUUCCAACUUGCGUCGUGAUGACGACUCUGACCAAUUCAGAUUACCCUCGUACCUGUUUGACACAGAGACCAACUUCAGUGAGAGAACGAGUGAUCUAUUCCGAAGCACUGAUAGCUACACCGACGAGAGUUAUUCUGUGACUAAUCCAAGCUUUAACGUGGAAGAGGAUCGUCGUAUGCAGCAGCUAGCAGAAGUCAUCACACAAUCACCAUACCUCAAUGAGAGGAUGCGGUCCCAGAUUACUGAUGUCACUAGCCCAUCUCGCAUGAGGGCUGCUCCAAGAUCAGAGUUUGUACGUCCUUACCUUGCAACUGGGCAAGAAGAAGAGUUUAUAUCACUGAGCAAUCAAUCAGAGGAUGCUAUUGGACCAGCAAGAAGAUUCCAGAUACCAAGAGCCCAUGUACCCUGGGGUCUUCAGGAAAGUCAUACGUAAAACAAACCUUCACUACACAUACUCAAUUAUGGCUGAACUUCAUAAGGAAGCAUCUCUUGAUUUGUUUUUUCUAAACUGACUUUUAUCUUGAGUUUGGAUAUUUCUUGUAUGCUCUCCAUGAUGCUAAAGGUCUGUGAGUCACAUAGCCCCUAAUUUUAGAAACACUGACGUUUCAAAAGCAAGUAACUCAAUAUAUGUCCACAUGAAAUAAGGACACAUUUUCCUCAUUUACUAAAAAACAGAGUUGCUCCCUUUUGUCAUUGGAUGGCAGAAAUGGCUUGUAGCUUGUAAACAAUAUGAAUGUAUUUUGUGAUGUACACUAACUACGUGGCCACUUGAUUUUUAGAGGUGAUUACUGUUAAAGGCUUUAUUGUAUUUGAAGGUACAGUAAACACUGGAUAUAAAGUCAACCUUCUAUAAAUCAAAUAAUCGCUUAAGUAGAGACCAGGAUAAGCAAGACAUGUGUUGAAUGUACAGUGUAUCUACCUUUUGUAAGCUAAGUUGAACAGAUUUGUGUGCUCCAAAGAGAUGGAAAAGUUAUCAGUAUCUGUUCAUGUAUAUUUUUUUCAAUUAAAGAAGCUGUUACAUGUAUCUGUUGUUCGAAUCCCACCGCGGUCUAGCGUCCUUUGGCAAGGCGUUAAUCUACACUUUGCCACUCUCGACCCAGGUGCAAAAUGGGUACCCGGUAGGAUGUGCAAGUCAUUGUAGCUUGUCCAGUACUGUGUGCGCCUCAUCGGCGACCGACUGGAAUACUCCCCAGGGAGUGGAGGAUGUGCACACAUUGUGUGCGGGAAUGACUGAUUGAAUCCGAUGACCGGUGUAAUAAUACAUCUGUAAAGCGCUUAGACACGUCGUUUCGAUGUAUCAAGCGCUAUAUAAAAAGCGGAUUAUUAUUCUAUAUUGCAAAUGCAGACAUAACUGUAUGAUUGUACAGUUUUGUGAAAAAUCAAAUAAAUUUUGACAAAAUAUGCAAGGCAGUAAUGUGAAGCCUUUGGAGACUGGCUAAUACUGCUACAUGUAUAACAUAUACAUGUACAUUUGCCUUUAGGAUGACUAUCCACUGGGUUAAUGUUCACUUCACAAGGCAACAUUUAAUCCUUGCCACAGUUAUGAGUUUGAUAUGAGCUAAUUUUUCACAGAUUUUUCAAAGGUUUGCUGCACAUUUGUAGAUAACAUGCAUCAACUAUAAACGAAUAUGGAAGUUAUGACAACAUUUGUAUAUCUAUGGGACUGUAGUCUUGAACACCAACUGAACCCAUUACACCGUACCCCCUUAUAUGUAGGCUUUAAUCUAUGAGAAAUGCAGGAACCAUCUCCACUGAGAUACUAGUAAACCAAAUGGUGUUUAUUGCUUAUAUAUACAUGUCAAAUAUACGGUAGGCUAUAUUAUGGUGUUUGCCAUAAUUGUCUCCUGUACAAUGCUUAGCCGACAAUUCACAUCUUUAAACAGGUUUUUGUUGCUGUUGUUGUUAAUUACUUGUACCUGGUAUUAUAUACUUAGGUACAAUCAAGAUAUGUUAAUUUAUGUUUAGCUUGUUUGCUAAAAAAAUACAAAUAUACACAGAUAUCCAAUGAGAUAUACAUGUAGAUAAUGUAUAUUUUAUAUUAAAAUUAUCAAUAAUAUAUGAGUAUCAAAAUGUAACGAGACAACAGAUAUUCCUCAUGGAAACAGUGAAUACAAGAAACCAUGGUAGUUAUAACAGUGUCUGGCUUCAACACACUGAUUUAUGACUGCAGCUGCAAGGAUUUCUGACUUAAAACCAUGAAAAAAAUGUUGUGAUUUUACUAUAUAAAGGUGAUUUUUAUUAAUGAUUUUUUUCCAUAUUUUGCUUUGUAUACAUAAGUGUACAUGAAUUAAAAUGUGUCAAAAAUGUGUUAAAAUGUGUUUAAAAUAUGUUUAAAAUCCAGUAGAUAUUUUUUAACAGUAUUUAUAUAUAUAUAUAUAUCAGUAUUAAUCACAUGCACUUUACCUUUUAUAUAGAUUCUUAAUUAAAACUCAUAAAAACUACUGCACUUCUAUAUUGUUUUAUUUUGUAUUUCAUUUUUGAUAUAUUCCAUGUAAAUUUAUGUAUAAUGUAUUAUUUUAAGGCUUUAUUUUUGUUGUUGUUAAAAGACUGUAAACUACAGUACAAAACAAGCCACUCUAAAUUUUGAUAUAAAUUUUAUUGUAAAGACAAUCAAAUAUACAUAUUGCAAUUAGAUUCAGCUUUAUUUAUUUUAAUGGGAAGCCUUAUUACAUAAUUUACUUGUAUGAAUUUCUUUCAAAAUUCAAUGUUAUUUACUACAAUCUCAUAGUAUCCCAAAAUUACUAGAAUCUGUGUAAUAAUUUCAAUUUCUCCUCUGUUUAUUGUACCUGAAAUUAAGAAUAGAUCAAAGAUAUUUUAAUGUUAAAUGUUCAUUGUGUAUUUUUUUUCUAAAUGAUAUAUUUUCUUAACAUUUUCAGAGAAUUCAAUUCUAUUUUUUAUAAUUGUUUCACUGUUGUACAUUAAUCUUAAAUAAAGUUU